GAGGUUUUCUAGGGCCGUUUUGAAAGUGUUGCUACUAAUCCGUCUGCUGUUCCCUAGCUUCAGUUAGGUUCCCCAAUAACUUGUAGAUGGUUGCUGCACUGUGAUUGAAUCUAAUUCAAAUAAAUAUGAUGCGUCUUAACGAUGAAUAUGUUAGACUCUGUCACGGAAUUUAAAAUGAUGUUCCAGCUACAACUGCUCUAAGGAAAUAGCUUUAACACGAUGAGUGCAUGUUUAUUUUCUCAGCACUUUUGGGGAGAAAAACAUUCAGGGUUUGAUGCUAUGUAUCAAAAUUUCAAAUUAUGUUAUCGCACUUCGUCUGAAUUUGCCGAAUUUCUCCGUGAAAGCUAUACAGCAGAAGACAAUUAUUACAAAACACUAGUUAAACUAUCUAAACAAGCAGGAUCAUACAACAACACUAGUAGUUUCAAACCAUGUUGGUCUCUCCUCAAGCAGUUUAUUGACCAAAUCUCCCAGGUCCACUUAACUAUUGCACAAGAACGACAGAAUCUAUCAAGAGAUGUACAAAAGUAUCUGGAGGAGCAACACAAGAGACAAAAGCUGAUCAAAGAUACAGAAGCUUCAACGCAGGAAGUUGUACAUGCUUUUCAGGUAACUUCCGUUCAACUUCAGAAGGCGAAGGAGGCAUAUCAUUCACGUUAUAAUGAAUAUGAGCGUGCUAUGCGCUUGGAGUCUGGUUCUAAUCGAGAUCAAGAAAAACUGGAGGUCAAGCUUAAGAAAGCUCAGGAUGAGUACAAAUAUUCGGUUGAAAAGUAUAAUAACCUACGCAACCAGUUCGUGAGCAAAAUGCACAUCUCUUGUGCCCAGUUUGAGGAAAUCGAAGUUGCGCAUCUGGAACAGAUGAAAGAAUUUCUGCAUCGGUAUGCAUCUGUCUGGUCCAUCACGGGUGAUGCUUUGGGCAAAUUACACAGUCAGUUUGAUCGUGAUUUAACUGAGUUGACUACAGACAGAUUAUUGAAUAUUCUUGUAACCGAAAGAGGCACUGGGACUUUGGAACCACAAGGUGUGCAAUUUGAAGAUGCAGAGGUUGCUGCCGCGUUUUCAUCAAAUGCAACUGAACGUGCCAACGGAAUAACAACCAAUGGUGUUCGUGUUCUAGAGGCAUUUUUCGCUCGCGAAGCUAGAGCUGCCUCUGCACUUGCAAUUGUAGGUUCUGGUACCAAAGAUAAUGGUGAAUCAAGUCUCAACAGCUUGACAGAUGUUAGAUCAGAUGCAAUCUCUGUGACUAGCAUUUCCGUAGGUGUUGUGCCGUCGGUAACAAAUGUAUCAAUUUCUGGCAGUGGAACUGCAAGACGCCGAGAAGGAUUUUUUCGUCGACGCCGUAAUUCCUUGUCACAGGAUCCUGCUCCUGCUGUCGGUGACAAUAAUGCAUCAGGAUCGUCCACCUCAGUCGGUGCGGCCAUUGGUACAAACACCAAUAUUCAAGCUAGUGGUAGUAUUAGUCUCAGUGCUUUCACCGUCGUUGCCAAACGUGGGAUUCGCCGACUAGGCACUCCUUAUUCGAAUGGUAAAGAUAAACCAAUAAAGCAAAUGGACAAGUCAGAUACCAUUACUUCAAAAAGUGAUGAUUGGCGGACUACUACACCCGUAGAAUUACCGAAAGACGAAGACGGUUAUAACAUUAGACCACCCGAUCCAUGGGGUGAAAACUCUUCAAAUUUCAAUCAUUCUGAGGCUGAUGACUCAGGUUCCGAAGAAGACCUAGAAAACAAAGCGAACAAAACAUUUCAUGGCCUAAAAGUUAAUAUCCGUCCAGUUGGAGAGUUUGCUCCAGGAGUAGCGCUUAAAUAUAAUGGGGAUAAAUUGGAAUCUCGUCCAAAGCCUUUAGAAACAAUAAGAAGUCCUAAAAGCACUGGGAAUUCACAAGUCCCUUUACUUAUUGAUCAUCGUAUCGGAUCAACACUUCGAUCACCACGUUCAAGCAUAUCUUCAUAUCAAAAUAUUCCUAUCACUGCAGGAUCGGAUGGCGUAUCAAAUCAUGAUUUGAUUAAUGCGUUACCUCUCCCACCAUUGUUACCGCCACCUCCUCAACCGCCAUUGUCAUCAUUGUCAUCAUCUACCACUGAAUCUUUUGCUGCUAUCGGUGCUGGUGGUUCAAUGCGUGCUCGGAAUGUCGGUUUGUCAUCGUUUAAUACACUCAGUAAGGGUCAUUCAAUAUCAGCGAUACGUCCACGUGGAUACAGUUGCAAUACAUGGACUAAAAAAGGAAAUUCAAGUCAAGUAAAUUCUGCAAGAUCAUUGGAAUCAAAAGAUGAAACUAACAGUACAACUUUCAAUUUGUCGUCUUUUGAUGCCCUAUUCACAGUACAAGAAACCAAUACAAAAGAUAUUCCUUCAAAUAAUACUAAAGAUUCUAUUCAGAAGGACUACUCUUCAGAUUUUAAGUUUGGUUUUAAAGAUUCUGUUAGUUGUAAUAGUUUAGUAGAUACUUUACAAAGAAGUUCAUCAUCUGUAAUGGGUGUUAAUCUAUCACCUGUAAAGAACGAUGAUGGUGGUGGUAGCUUAGUUCGACGAUGUUCUAGUACAGCACCUACUUCAACAGAUAAUGAAUCAUUUGAUCAGUCUAAUUGGAUGGCGUUUGAAACAAAUUCAACUGAAACAAGCAAAUCCUUCAGUACUUGUGUACCUUGGCCAUCUUCUAACGCUAAUAUACAUGGUACUGUAGUUGGUAAAGAAGCUCGACCUAUUCCUGAACCUCCAACACGCCUUCAUAAUCAUCCGAAUAAUAGUUCUACUAUUGAACCAAGUAUUACACCUUCUCCUUCUACCCAUUCAGUUAAUUUGCCAAAUAAUUCAAUUUGCUUAGCUGCUGCAUUUACAGAGACUUGGCAUGCCCGGUUUUUUAAUGGUGGUGGCAGCUCUUUUUCAACCGCAGCCUCUACUGGUCAACCUCCUAUUCAAGCAAUUUAUGGUAGUUUAACACUUGCAUUUCCACGUGCGGAUAUGGAACAAAGACUAUUCAAUAAAUCACUUAUUCCCCCUCUUGUGUUUAGAAUUACAAAUGCCGAAAGAUUAAAAGAUCUACAACCUAAACUUUCUGGCUCAUCAAUCAGUUUAUUUUCUGAAAGUACAACUCCUACUACUAAUACACCUCAACCAAUUUUACUCGAAGAUUUGACAGAUAACAAUGCAACACAAAUAAUCAAUAGUGGUAAUAAUAUUAGUUCAGAUUAUAUGCUUACUAUUCCUGGUGAUGUUCUUUCACGUUAUCUUGCUUCAUUGAUAAUUGCUUAUUCAGAUGAAAACUCAUUUUCUUGUAGUGAUACAUCUGAUAAAUUAAAUUCUUCUUUUACAUCUUCUAAUGCACCUACAUAUGUUAAAUUAGAUGUAUUAACUUAUACAGUUGAUGUAAAUGCCGAUGUUAAAGGUUACUAUUCUAGUCUUACACCUCCAAUACAUUUAUGUACUUACUGGCGUUGUGAAGCAUUAACCACAGAUUUUCGUUUGGAUUAUACAGCACAAUGGCCUACACCAAAUGCUGCUAAGGAAUCUGUGAAAAAUACUGGAGAUUUGCGAAUAAAUCUCAUGAUUGAUGGAACUGUUAGUCAUAUGCAAAGUCUUCCAGUUGGUACGUGGCUCCCAGAAGUUAAUCAUGCUACAUGGCGUAUCCCACUUCACAAUGCUAAUAUUGAUCGUGACUUAUCAAGGGAUAAUACUAGUAAUAAUGCACAUCGAUCGGAAUUCACUUCGAAAUUUGAUGCAACUGGUACUGUUCGAGCGAAAUUCACAUUAACAAAUGGUCCAGGAAAGCCACAACCUGUUAGUUUACAAUUCUAUCGUGAAGGCUCCUUAGCUAGUGGUGUACAAUUAUUUGUUAUUUCAUCUGAUUAUCAUAUGAAUUUAUGUAAAUAUCGUUUGAUUGGUGAUCGGUAUAUAUGUGAUCCACCAACAAAUGUGAAUCGUUUUCACUCAAAUUCAACGCUUCAAUUAGAACAAAGUAACAAUAAUAUAAAAGAAAAAUUUGGUUCUCUAGUUGUUACUGAAAACAAGAGCGUUAAAAAUAAGAAUGAUAGUAUAAAUGAGCAUAAAAUAAAUUCAACUAAUUUAUCUGCAAUCUCUGAUACGAUUAAAUUUAGUCAUUUACAGUAAAAGUGAUUUUUGAUUUUUUGUGCCUUCAAUGCGAUUAAACAAAUCAUCUAGGUUUAGUAUUAUUGUUAUUUUUGAAUCCAUCAAUUAAAAAUGUAUAAUUUCCUUUGAAAAUUAGUUAUAAUUUGAUUCAAUGAAUUCUUGUGCCAACUAAUUCUCUUGUUAUUAUUGUCACAUUAACUAACUGAUAUUGCAAAUACACCACAUAUAUCAUUUUACACCUGAUUAACUAGUUAUAUAUAUAUACUUGUUCAUAUUAUUAAUAAUUCAUUCAUUCUAUUAUUCUUUUACAAAAGUUUUAUUAAACUAGAUUUGAAUAAAACUUACAUGACUUUGUUAUAUUGGUUAUCACCACACUGUAUCAUUUAAUUCAUAUACGCCUAUAAUUAUUCAACUAACCAUGAUGGUUCGAAUGCUUUGAUGAAUAAAUAUUUUUAUUUUUGUAAAUUGUUUAAUGAGAAAUCACUGAGAUUUAUAUAUCUGCUCAAAUGAUUUUGUCAAUUUAUAAUGAUGGGAAUCGCUUAGCAUUAUUACAUCAUUAAUAAAAAAAACUAAUCAACUGUCAAUCUAUCUAUACUGACCACUUAAUAAUAUGUAUUGAUUAUUCCAGUGUAUAUUGAAUCCCCCUAGUAUGUUCUCGCUUGAAUCUUCACUACAAUAGUUCUUUUAUUCAGAAUAAUUAUCUUUCUUAGAGAGAGCCAGAGAGGUGGAAAUCGAUACUUUUCGUCUUCUACUACUUAUGUCAUCUUUCGUAUGGAAUGCUUUCUCCUGUAUUUGUCCAAAUGAUACCUAAUACCUACCUGUUUAUGAAUAAUUUCUUAUGUAUGUCAGUAUUAGUUACUCAUGUGUACUGAUAAUCGUUGAGAUAUUGAUUGUUUAUUUCGUUGACACGAACAUACAGAUAAUUGGAUUCUGCAUUGUACCUUUUCAUAUACCUGUUUUUAUCACCUACUAUCCUUCCAACAAAAUGUAAAUUUAAUACUGACUUCUCUUUCAUUUCAAUUAUUAUUAUUAUCAUUAUUAUUAAUCUUAACAAUUUGUGCUGAGAAAGUAUGGAUUAGUAAUUAAGUUCGAUUCAUUUAUUCUUUGCCCAUUUUCAUUGAAUUUUUCUGCCUUUCCUCUUGCACUGAGAUGAGUAACCAUAUAGUCACUUAAUUAGCAUGUUAAAAAAUUCUCUGCCUGUCUUUAAAUAUUUUACUUCGAAUAAUGUAUAUUACUGAUUCUUAGUCGUGUUGUCAAUUCUGGUAGUCAGAUUUUAAUGAUGAUGACUAUCAUUAUCAUCAAAUUAAUAAAUUGUUAAUUGAUGAGUAGACUGUAAUGUUAUGCCUUUAUUACUGCAAAUAAUGAUUACUUACUGUAUGCGUGUCGAUAACUUAGUAUAAGCUUGUGUAUAUUUAGCUUUUCUGGCCAUCAGCGACUAUCUUGCGACGUACCCAAACCGAAAUUUCCAGAGCUAGAUUCAUAUUUGUGAUCCAAGCAUACUAAAUGUCAAAUGUUCUAACCAAUUAACUAUUGAUAUUUCUAUAACUGGAACAUGCAGUCAACAUUUUACUAAAAGUGUCCAUCAGUUAUUUAAAACGAAUUUGCCAACUUACUACCAAAUAUUAUGAAAGCAAACAUAAGAUAUAAAUCUAACUCAAAGAGUAGAGAUAACAGGUAUAGUGAUGAUGGUCUAGUCCUUUUCAAAGUUUGAUUGUCAGUCUUAAGCAUUACAAUCGGUAUUUUUAUCUUACAAUUUAUACUUUCCAAGUAAGCAUAACAGUGAUACUAUCAAACUGGUUCACAUUGUAACUUAAUUUUAUGUUGAUAAUCCCACUUACCAUACAAACGUUCAUGUAAUCAGCUUUGAACCGCACUGUUUGAAGGUUAGUGAUAUUGCCCCAGCUUCCUAGACCAAAAAAAGUACAAAAACCUUCAACCACUAAAACACUGCUUAACAUUUGUGUACACAUUCUGAUGUUCACAAAAUAAUAUUUGUUGGUCUUUUAUUAUUCAAUACAAAUAUGCAUUUGGUUAUACCUACAUGAAUAUAAUUUGUUUUUUUAACUAAAGAAAAAAAGUUAUUUGUUAUAAAGAGACAACAGCAUUUCAAACUGUUACGUAUAACAAAAACCCACUUUACAUGCGGCAAUAUUCUACUCUAAUAUGUUUUCUAUCCAUUUAUAUAAUUCCAAUCUACUUCUUGAAUUUAUUGAAGUCUAUCUUCUUUUUUUAUAUCUAUCUACCUUUUUAUUAUUUUCUCUAUCAGUUGUGGUUUAUUUUCAAUGUUUCUGCUAUUUUAUUCAAACCACAAUUUAUAUGUUCAUUUUAAAAAGUAGAACAUCAAUUGAUUUGCUUUUUCAAAUACAUCGGAUGUUUUUAGCAACAUAGUUCUGUCAAUUAUAUUAGUAACUACCUUUUUUCAUUCAUUUAAAUAAAAAUGAAUUACAGUAAGACAAUCAUUUUUUCAUCUGAAAUUUUGUAUUUUCAAAAUGAUUAUUAUUUACUACAUAAAAUUAACAUAAACUGAUAAGAACUAAGUAAUCAACUUUAAAAUUCCGUUCUGUUAUUGUAUAACUUUAUAAUUAGGCUUCAUUACAAAAUGAUAAUUUAC